GUUUCGCACUCGAUUAACGGCAUUCAACGGUGUCUUCUCGUAGUUUGCACUCUCAAUGUUGCGCGGGUAGAGUUUGCUGGUGCAGAAUUCAGAGUGGUUGAGGUUGAGGUAUCAAGUCCGUCUGGGGAGACUGGGGAGAUAUCUGAGGUGGGGAGAGUUGGACGUGGAGAAAAGUGCGCGAUAUGAAUACAUCGAAUUACUUGAAAUUGCCAGCGGCGACGAAGGUUGGGAUCGCCUAGCACUCCUCGACAAUGUUAAAUAUCCCAUGGAACAGAUGCUGCAGCGUAUGCAGUACUAUAAAUUUAUUAUAGUGGCACCGCUUAAAGCUAUUAGCAUCCCAUCCUCAAGAGUGCGUUUUGUUCAAGAGUCUUCAUAUGUGCUGAAACCGGAAUUCACAGUCGACCAGUGGAAGCUCUGCACUUUAAUACCUCUUAAGGAUGCCUGGGACCGGAGUUAUAAUCCCGAUAUGCUGAGUCCAAUGCCCUGUCCUGGAUUGCAGACGUUGGCAGAGCAACACUUAAGGAUCGACUUUCAAUUUGGUGGCGCAGAUCAGUGUGGAAUCUUCGAGUUUGCAGAAAGGUUUCUUCCCCAGCUUGGGUACAAGAAACGUGCGCAUCUGAUGAAUCCAAUGCUUCCAAACCUCGUUGGCGGAAAGAUGUCUUCUUCCCAUCCGCCAGACACCAAGAUCAUGUUUCUCGACGAUCCCGAAGCAGUCACAAGUAAAAUUUGUGCAGCAAACAAAACGUGGAAGAACAGCUCUAUGAAUAGCGUCCUAUCCUCCUUGAGAGAUAUAUUGAUACUAAUCAGCGAACUUCGACUGCGGAGAUUACGAGAGAAAGGAACGGACUAUACACAAGCUAUUAGCGUUGCGAAUUAUCGACGAGCAUUCUAUAGAGAGGAUGCUCCGGUAGGGACUGUGUUUACAAUCGAAGUGGGAGGCGAAUAUCUACUUUAUAAGUCCUACGAAGAAGUCGAACAUGAUUUGACAGAGAACAAACUUCCACCUCAAACCCUAAGCAUAGCUGUGGCUACUACAUUCAAUCAGCUGCUGUAACCCAUCCGCAGCAGGUAUCUGGAGACGGAAGCGUGGCAAGCAGUAGACAAAUUAACCUAUCCUCAGGAUGCUUAGUGUGCUUACAUGAAGAGGAGCUACCUAUGUAA